AUGGGAGCCCACGAGCCUACCCGCUUCUUGGCGCCUGCGUUUCCGCCGCGCAAUCUCCGGACCAUCAUCCUCUCCUUCAUCGGCACAUGCUUCUUCUUUUCCUUUUACCGCCUCUCGCGGCUGCCAGACGCCAGUUACUACCCGCAUUACAUCUACGACCAUAUUGCAAACUACUUUGAGCACGGCGUCUACAACAACACGCUCUACCAAAAUGGCACAGAAGCCGCCGUCCAUCCGCACUGGAACUUCAGUCAACCCUGCCAGGGCUUCCCCAGUUUAGACGGCAUUAUGCCCGUCAUGAAGACGGGCGCCACCGAGUCGUUUGACAAGAUGCCCACGCAGCUACUCACGAGCUUGCAAUGUCUCCCCGACUUUUUGCUCUUUUCCGACUUGGAACAACAAAUUGGCAGAUAUCACAUCUACAACGUCCUCGACCGCGUUGAAGACAUCCUCAGCAGCGACCGCUCCGAGUUCCUCCUCUACCAGGCCCAGCAAGACUGUCCCAUUUCGCAAAGAGAAUGCACCACCGGCAUGCCUGGAGGCUGGGACCUCGACAAGUACAAGUUUCUCAACAUGAUGCUGCGCACCUGGGAGAUGCGCCCCGGCAUGAAGUGGUAUGUCUUUGUCGAGGCCGAUACCUACGUUGUGUGGUCCAACCUCGUCGAUUGGCUCAACAAGCGAAUGAAUGCGACCGAGGACGUCUAUGUUGGCGGCAUUGCAUUCUUAAACAAUCUUCCCUUUGCUCACGGAGGAACUGGCUACGCCAUCUCUGGGGUCCUUCUCGAGCGGCUAGUAGCCCACAUCAAAGAGAUUCCAGCCAAGGAAAUCAACGAAAUGGCCAUGCGCACCUGCUGCGGCGAUGCGCUUCUGGCCGACGUUAUUGACAAGCUUGCCGUGUCGGUGCUCCGCGCCUCGCCCAUGUUCAACGGCGACAAGCCCAACACGCUCCCGUUUAGCCCACGGGACUGGUGCCAGCCGCUCUUUACGCUGCACCACAUGAACUCGGAGGAAAUUAGCGCCGUCUGGCAGUACGAGCAGACGCGGACCAAGACGGAUCCGCUGCAGCUGCGCGACAUUUACCAGGCCUUUGUCGCGCCCAACAUGGUGCCGCGGCGGCCCAUGUGGAACAACCUGGCCGAACAGCGCUGCCUCGCCAAACCCGAGGACGGGCGCAACGUCAUUGAGAAGCACGCGCACAAGUCGGUCGAGGCCUGCGCGCGCGUCUGCCUCGCCGAGGGCCUCGACGUCGACGCCGAGGCCUACGAGAAGCUCAAGACGGACGACGAGCGCGACUGGUACCUGCGGCAACGCUACCGCCGACAGACAGCCAGCAAACCCAUCAGCAAGGAGCGCCACUGCUUCAGCUGGCGCUACCGCGAAGGAAAAUGCUGCACGAGCGACAGCUUCAAGCUGGGGUAUCCCGUCGGCGGCGCCAAGAAGGAGCCCGACGCGACGAGCGGCUGGUUCGUCGAGGGCAUUGACCGCUGGAUCAAGGACCACGGCCAGUGUCCGGACGGCACCGACUGGGUAACACCCACGUGCGUUGGGAAAUGGUGCCCGGAAGAGGUGGAAAGGCGCAAAAAGCAGAUGGAGCAGGAGCGAAAGAAUAAGGAGGAAAUGCUCAAGCAGUUUGGGUUGACGUUGGGGGAGCCAAAGCCUAGCGAGGCAGAGGCGAACACAAUCAAGGCUGGUGGUAUAUUCAAGGCCAGCGAGAAACUAGGAUGA